CUUGAAUUUUCUCUCUAAAAAAAAUGCAACAGAGCAGACUUGCAUAUUAUUCAAAACUGACAAAAAGAAGACAUUCCUAUGCUGUUUUAUUACUAUUUUGCACCCUUCUUAUGUGAUUAUGAUUGAGGGGACAAAUAAUGAAUGGUUUUAAAACAAAGAAGACUUACAAUGAUGAAUUGGAUCUCAAACCAAGAAAAAUACCAAAUCAAAAUAUUGUGUAUAGACUUUUUCAGAGAGAAACCCAUGUAUCAAAGAGUGGUACACAAUUCAAUGUGGCAAGAAAAUUAUACACAAAUAUAUUUCCAAACUGCACUGUUGCAAAUAUAGAGAAACCUCCUUGUUUUUUACGUAAAUUUUCUCCUGAUGGUAAAUGCUUUAUUGCAUUUUCUUUUGAUCAAACAUCAAUUGAAAUCUACACAUUUCAGGGAUCUUCUUCAGCAGAACAUUUAUUACAAGGGGUUAGAGGUGAAUACAUUGGAGAGAGUGAAGAACAAGGUUCGCACACAUUCAUUGACAAUAAAAAUACGUACAGAAAAGUCCGUAAUUGUUUGUUUGAAUGUUUUUUUAAACUUAAACAUGCCACACAUGUAUCAACAAAUGGUGAACAUUUAAAUCGGGAAUGUAGUCUUUUUACUGAUGAUGGAAAGUAUGUUAUUGUAGGUUCGGCUACUUAUAUUCCAGAGGAACCUCACCCUCAUUUCUAUGAUAUUUAUAGAAAUAAUGAAGCUGUCACACCAAAUGCUAAGUCACCUCUUGAAGAUUACUCACUUCAUUUAGUAGAACUUGAAACAGGACAUUUAUGUGACACAAGACAUUUCAAAUGUGAUAAGAUUUUUCUGUCACACAAUCAGGGCUUAUAUUUGUACAAAGACACGUUAGCAGUACUCUCUGUUCAACAACAAACAAUUCAUAUUUUCCAAGUUGAUCCAUCUGGGAGAUUUACUGAUGUAAGAAGUAUAGGAAGAUUUUGUUGUGAAGAUGAUCAACUGUAUUAUCAUUUAGGUCUAGACAACUCUACAGGUCAAGUUUAUCGUUCAUAUAGUGAUAGUCAGGUUCAUCGUCCAUAUAGUGAGACUCCGAUUCCUCGGCAACAUAAUGAAGGUCAGGUUCAUCGACCGUAUAGUGAGAAGAGUAUUAAUUCAUUAAAACAUAGAUUUCUUGUUUUCCUGUAUAAAAGAGCAGUUUUUGACGGAACACCUUUUGCUCUUCGAAAGUUUUAUCAAUUUUUUGAACAAUUCAAUGAACUUAGGAUGUGGAAAAUGCAACUUCUGGAUGAAAAUCACUUACUUAUAAAAUACGCUAGUGAAGAUGUUGUGACUCUUAGAAUUUCAGAUCCCAAUUCUCAGCCUUCUUUUUUCGUUGUUUAUAACAUGAUCACAACAGAAAUCACAGCUGUCUUUGAAAACACAUCAGAACAACUUCUGGAACUGUUUGAAAGUAAUUGUGAUAUGUUCAGAAAUGCCACACUUGACAAACAGGCACAAUUUACAUGUUCUCCAUCUAGUAAUAUAUAUGCACGACAAAUGCAGCAAAGAUUUAAGCAAACAAUUAUUAAUGCAAAAUUUGGAGGUCAAACAGAAGCAGUUAGGCGUUUGCUAGCACAGUUACCUAUCAGUUCUCAGUCAUACAGUAGUAGUCCUUAUCUAGAUUUAGCAUUGUUCAGCUAUGAUGACAAGUGGGUGUCCAUGAUGGAACGGCCUAAAGCUUGUGGUGAUCAUCCUAUAAGGUUUUAUGCUAGAGAUUCCGGACUUCUGAAGUUUAGGAUCCAUGCAGGUGUUGUGGGUCGCAACCCUCCGCCUGCUGCACGAAGACUUGUUGCAUUUACAUUUCAUCCAAGUGAGCCAUUUGCCAUUAGUGUUCAAAGAACUAAUGCAGAAUAUGUUGUCAAUUUUCAUGUCAGACAUUCUGUCGAUUGUUAGUUGUUAAAAUAAUAAAAGUUUUUUGUUGAUA